AUGACAGUGCAAUUGGAUAUCGGCGGCACCAUCUUCAGAACCGCGAGAAUGACAUUGACUGUAAAAGCGCAAGGAAGUCUACUCGCACGUGUGGCUGAAAAUAUGAAUGCCGCUUAUCUCGUGUUCGCCGAUCGCUCUCCAAAACAUUUCGAACUCAUUUUAAGCUUCAUUCGCUAUGGGAGCGAUAUAGAUCUUCCCGAUUCAGAGGAGGAGUUGGAAGAAAUUAAAAACGAUGCAAAGUUCUACGAAUUGUAUUAUUUAGUCGAAAAAUGUGAUGAAAAAUUGUCGAUUAUCGAGGCAAAUAAACCAAAGCUGUCAGUUAUCAAUAGUGAGAAAGAGCUGAAUCAGAAAAUCGCCUGUCUCGGAAGGCCAAUGAUCGUCAUUCGGUUCAAUUCGAAACACUGGGGAGAAGUAUUCCACUCCACUGAUGCUCUAACUCUCGUCAAUCAAUAUAAAUCAGUUUUUGAUAUUCAUUUCAUGCCAUUGGCCCACGACGCGACCUAUUUCCGUUUCUCCAUUCACGACAACACUCUGACGAAAUUCGCCACCAUUUCCCACGCCCGAUUUUUCAAGAUGCCAAAAGUGGAAUUCGAUAUCGGCGGCACUAUUUUCCGUACAGAUAAGAUCACAUUAAUGGAGAAAGCGUCGGGAAGUCGACUCGCCGCUGAGACACAAAAGCAGAAUGACGGAUAUCCAAUAUUCUUCGAUCGAUCGCCGACCCAAUUCCAAUUUAUUCUAAACUAUAUUCACACUGACGGACUCAUCGAUCUUCCGGAAUCGGAGAGAGAAUUGAAAGAAAUUAGUCGAGAAGCAAACUAUUAUCGAUUUCCUUUAUUAGUAGAAAAAUGUGAAGAUAAACUAUGGAUUAUCGAUGCGAAUCGACCGAUUCUCCAAGUGAUUCAAAACGAGAAUGAGCUUGUUCAGAAACUUGCUUGUCCCAGAAAACCAGUAGUCGUCAUCUGGUACAACAUGAGGAACUGGGGAAAAGUGUUCCAUUCCAUCAAUGCUGCGGAAUUCGUUGAAAAGAAUAAACACGCCUUCGAUAUCUAUUUCACCGCUUUGCCUAAAAACAAGAUCCACUGGCGCUCCUCAAUUCACGACAAGACUAUCAGAGACUUCGCGACACUUUCGGAAGAUAAUAACAAUAAGAUUUUCAUCGGAAGUCUCCAAUUCAGAAUGAUAUCAUUUUUGUACAGAAAAGGUCCACUGACCGACAAAAAUCAAUAA